UUUGAUUGGGUUUUGACUUGCCUACUGGGGGUUUAUGAUAAGCGUCAUUAUGAUCCGAUUUCGGGUCGUGAUCAAUUAUAUAAGAACAUAAUUACAUAUAUAACUUCAAUUUCCAAUGGACACAAAAACGCCGGGUGAUUUCUUCCCAUAUAUUUCUAGCAUUGGUGGACAGACUUACAUGGUAUUUGUUAAUGAUGGGAGGUGAAAGGUAUUUCGUGAAACUAGUCGAGAUGCAUGCAAGAUGGCCCGGACACCACGGUUAUAAAAAAAACAUAUAUAAUUUAUAAACUCUUAUAAAAUCUAUUGGGAUGUCCCAAGAAGUAAUUAUACCAACCAUUCUUGUUUUCCAUUUCUUCAUCAUCCAGCAACCCAAUGAGUUCAUAGUUGUGGCCUCAAUCAGUUUUUAAAAGUAUCCAUUUUGUCUUCCAAGAAUUGCUACAAAAUUCCCCAUAUUUUAAUGGUCCUCUGCUAUGAUAAAAGAAAAUGGACCUACAUGAACCUUCAAGUACUUCUUUCAAACAAAGCAAAAGCUGAGAAAAAGCAAAUCUUUCUGACAAUUUACACAUGCAACCUCUUAUUAUUCCUCAGACAUGCUUAAAUUUUGGGCAUCUCAAGUAAAGCCAAACAACAGCCUUUUCAUCAAAUCCUUAUUAGGUUCAAACUCUCAGUUCUCUUAAUAUUUGUUUGUUUGUGUCUUAUGUAAGAGUUCUUUUAGAUAGAACUGUAUGUUAUGUCUUCUGUGAUGGUGACAACUUAUCAGAUGAAGAGUCUUAGUACACUGGAGCUUAUGUUGGAGGAACUUCAGCAAGAAGAGGAAGAAACAAAUGAUUUGCCGCCACCUUUGCCUGUUAGGCCUGUCACAAAGGCUAGGUUGCCUAAGGGAAGAAGGAAAUUGACACCAUUUGGUAAAGAAAAGAGGAAUCUUGAAGACAUUAGGGUUCAAGAAAAUGCAUUUGUUGAUCAAUGGAGUACUUCAGCGGAGAGGGAUUCUGCAGCCAUGACAGAUAAGAUUUGUUUGAUGGUUGAUCAGAGAGAAGGAGCUGAACUGAGUGGAGUACUGCAAAUUCAGAAAUGCUUUCGUGGCUACCAAGCCCGCCGGUACUAUCAUGAGCUUAAAACUGGAGCAGUAGCUCUUCAAUCAUUUGUGCGUGGAGAAAUUGCCAGAAAGUGUUAUCAUGGUCUCACUAGGAGGUUAACAGCAAUUAUCGUUAUACAGAAACACAUGAAGGAGCAACAUCGUAAAGUAAUAAAACGACAGCAAACUGCAGCCAUAUGUUUGCAAUCUGUUAUUCGAGGUUGGUUAACUCGAAAGCAGUUCAAUCUCUCGGGUGUUGGAAAACGAUAUUGUGUUCAGAAUAUUAGAGGAAAGAAUGACCUUGACAAUAAGGAGCAAGAAACUAAGGUACCGCGUUCAGUUCUGCUUGAUCUUCAGAGGCGUAUUCUGAAGACAGAAGCAGCUCUGGAGAGAAAGAAAGAGGAAAAUGCAGCUUUGAGGCUACAUAUUCAGCAUUAUGAGAUAAAGUGGAAUCAGUAUGAAUCAAAGAUGAAAGCUAUGGAAAAGAUGUGGCAAGAUCAGUUAACGUCUAUACAAAUAAGUCUGGCUGUUGAAAGAGAAAAACAGGAGGACGAAAAAACUAAGGGAGAACUCAGACUACUGAUACUUCAAGAUCAAGAUGAAAUUGUGCAUAACGGAUUCCCAAGAACUACAUCUCUUAGAACGAGUGCACUGAAUCUUACCGUAGAGGUACAUGAUACACAACCACAACCAAGUGGCAGAUCAAAUCCCAAGAACCAGUGUAACAACCACCAUGUAAUGGAUAUGGUCAAUCACUAUCAAAAUUUUGUCGUCCACGAUCAAUGUAAAUCAGGGGAGGAGGCUUCCACCCUCAGGCCUAACGUUGAGCUCCAUAAGCUGAAGAUUAGAUUUGAAGCAUGGAAGAAGGAUUACAAGAAUAAAUUGCGGGAGGCAAAAGCGACAAUGAAGCAAUUAGGACACUCUGAAAGAGGAAAAGGUUCAAAGAUAUGGUGUGGAAGAUGAAAAAGUUAGUGUCUUAUGUCAUAUCCUCCUCCAAUUGUAGGACAUUCUCGGAGGAUCUGACACGGAU